GGGCGAGACUUAAUUAGGUGGAGGAAAGGUGUUUUUUUGGUAUCAUUCCUAUUCCUCCAUUCGAGCUGCUUCGUUCUUUGGUUCUUCUGUAUUGUCGUCGAUCGCGUUUCUUCGGUAGCCCUAGCUCCGCCGACGUCGGAAUCUCGUCUCUUCCAGGUGGUUCGGAAUGCAAUUUGGUUUUUAGGCGAAUUAGAUAAGCGAAAAUAUAUGGGAGAACGAUAAGGGAAAAAAUGGAAGAAAACUUCUGAAUCUCAAAAAUCAUUUAAGAGUUCGGUCAGAAAAUAUGCAGUAACUUAUGUGAUAAAUCUGAGGCGUGAAAAUGAUUGCUGUUUUUUAUUGGGACGCUCGUAAAGGAGAGCAGUUUGUUUCGAACUGGUGUUUCCUCAUGGUGUUUUAUGUUGGUGAAGAAGAAAUUCUCUCCAUAACACUGCUUAUUCCCCAUUGCUAAAUGCAGCUUGGGCAUCACAAUCUUUAUCCAAUGAAGACGCGACCAUCGCUUAUCAGACCACAUGAUAUAUGCAGCUCGCAUCUCUAGCAGCCUUCACCCAGAAUUGUCCCUGAUGAAUCAAUGGCUCGGAAGCAACAUAUUGCAAUACUUACAACUGCAAGCCUUCCAUGGAUGACUGGAACUGCUGUCAACCCUGUGUUUCGUGCUGCUUAUCUUGCAAAAGAGGGUGACAGAGAGGUUACUUUAGUGAUUCCUUGGCUGUCCGUGAAGGAUCAAGAAUUAGUUUAUCCCAAUGGAAUCACAUUUAACUUGCCAUCUGACCAGGAAGCUUAUGUGCGCCAGUGGCUUGAAGAGAGGACUACUAUUUCAUCAACAUUUAAAAUAAGCUUCUACCCUGGAAGGUUUUCCAAAGAGAAAAGGAGCAUUCUACCUGUUGGUGAUAUUACUGAAACAAUUCCUGAUGAAGAGGCAGAUGUUGCUGUCCUUGAGGAACCCGAGCAUCUUACAUGGUACCAUCAUGGACGAAGAUGGAAAACUAAAUUCCAGAGGGUGAUUGGUGUUGUUCACACCAAUUAUUUGGAAUAUGUGAAGAGAGAGCAAAACGGGCAUAUACAGGCCUUUCUUUUGAAAUACGUCAAUAACUGGGUUAUUAGUAUCUACUGCCACAAAGUUAUAAGAUUAUCAGCUGCCACUCAAGAACUCCCAAAAUCCAUCAUCUGCAAUGUUCAUGGUGUCAACCCCAAAUUUCUUGAGGUUGGCAAGUUGAAGCAUGGGCAGCAACAGAGAGGAGAACUAGCAUUCACCAAGGGUGUGUACUUUAUUGGGAAGAUGGUAUGGAGUAAGGGCUACAGGGAAUUACUUCAACUGCUCUCAAAGCACCAAAACGAACUUGCUGGUCUUCAAGUGGAAUUAUAUGGAAAUGGAGAAGACUUUGAUCAAGUCCAACAAUCUGCUAGAAAAUUAAAAUUGGAUGUAAGAGUUCACCAUGGUUGUGAUCAUGUGGAUCCUUUGUUUCAUGAGUACAAGGUGUUUAUAAAUCCGAGCACUACAGAUGUAGUUUGCACAACAACUGCAGAAGCUCUUGCGAUGGGAAAAAUUGUCAUCUGUGCCAACCAUCCUUCAAAUGACUUCUUCAAGCAAUUUCCUAACUGCCACAUGUAUAAUACCAGUGAGGAAUUUGUGAAAUUAACUCUUCAAGCUUUGGCAGAAGAACCUAUGCCGCUGACAGAUGAACUGAGGCAUGAGCUGUCAUGGGAGGCAGCCACAGAGAGAUUUCUGAGGGUUGCUGAUCUAAAUGAGGUUGCUUCUGAGGAAGCACUUGCUUCCUCUUCUGGGCCUUUCAUGUUGAUCUCGUCUCGUGAGCUUAGUAGGAGCAUAGAAGAAGCAUCUGCGUUGUUGCAUAAUACUGUUUCUGGUAUAGAGGCCGCACGUUGUGCCUUUGGUGCAAUUCCGGAUACUUUGCACCCUGAUGAGCAACAGUGCAAGGAGCUUGGGUUGGUUUUUUCAGGGCGAAAGCCAUUUAUGAGACAUUGAUGCUUCUCUGCUUCUGAGGCACUUGUGCAAAAAUACUUCGAAUUAGAAUGUGGAGUGCAGCCUGUUGAGUUUCCUACCUAGCUGUGACUGCCAAGUCAUCUUUAUGGGGCUUUUCAAAUGUAAAAGGAAGUCCUAACACGUUUACAGCAUAACUGAUGCAAAUAUCUAAUGCCCAAACUGUUGCAAUUUUGUAUGUUAAAUGAAGGUUAUAGUUUCUCUCCA